UCAGCACAGGUAACCAUGCAGGCUGAUAAUCGAAAAAGAGCACCAGCAUGGACCGUACGGGAGGUACUGGAUCUGAUCGCUGUAUGGGGAGAGGAUUCAGUGCUUGCAGAACUUCGUUCUAAAAGACGAAAUGCCAAAACUUUUGAAAAAAUCUCCAAGGGCAUGAUGGAGAGAGGCCACAAUAGAGACUCAGAUCAGUGCCGCGUGAAAGUCAAGGAGCUCAGACAAGCCUAUCAAAAAACAAAGGAGGCAAACGGUUGCUCCGGGUCAGAGCCGCGGACAUGCCACUUCUACGCCGAGUUGCAUGCAAUUCUAGGGGGGGCUGCCACCAUUACCCCACCUGUGAUCGUGGAUUCUGGGUCGGGGAUAGUCUCAUCAGCUACACCUGAGGAUUCUGCCGAUGGGGGAGAGGAGGAGGAGGAGGAGGAGGAGGAUGAGCUUGCAGAGAGCACACAGCACUCCGUUCUCCCCAACAGCCAGGAUCUUUUUCUCACCCUGACUGAAGUACCCUCCCAACCCUCCCAAGCCAGUACCCAAGACCCUGACCCCAUGGAAGGGACCUCAGCAGCUGCAAAUUCCUCAAGCCUCCCUCCUCCAUCCCGAAGGCUAUCACAGAUAAGGCGUCAUAAGAAGAGAAUGCGAGACGAGAUGUUUUCUGAAAUUAUGGAAUCCAGACACAGUGACAGAGCUCAUCUGAAUGAGUGGAAGGAAACGGUUUCAAAGUAUAGGAAAGAAGCCAGUGAACGUGAGGACAGGAGGGACCAACGUGAGGACAGGAGGGACCAACGUGAGGAGAGGAGAGACGCUCGAGAUGAGAGGUGGCGGCAGGAAGAUCAGAGGAGGCAGGAUGCAACGCUGGGGCUGCUGCGUGAGCAAACAGACAUGCUCCGGGUCUGGUGGAGCUUCAGGAACGGCUGCAGGAAAACAGACUGCCGCUACAGCCCCUGUUCCACCCUCCCCUCUCCCCAUGUUCCGUAUCCUCCUCACCUAGACGUGUAAGAACGCAGGGGGGGAGGCUCCGUACACCUUCCCAUUCCACCCCAGUAGACAGCCCAAGCAAAAGGCUGUCAUUUUUUUAACCUUUUUUUAGUGGCCUUUUCCUUCCCACCGAUCCUCCUCCCAAAUCCCACCCGGGUUCCCUCCCUCUUUUUCUAAUCUAUUAAUAAAGAAUAAAUGAUUUUUAAAUGA